UUCCAAAGCAGAUGACUUAUCGACUGCUAUUCUGAAGCAGAAGAACAGGCCCAAUCGGUUAAUUGUUGAUGAAGCCAUCAAUGAAGACAACAGUGUUGUGUCACUGUCCCAGGCAAAAAUGGACGAAUUGCAACUGUUUAGAGGAGACACUGUUCUGCUAAAAGGAAAGAAGAGGAGAGAAGCAGUCUGCAUUGUUCUGUCAGAUGAUACCUGCUCAGAUGAGAAGAUUCGCAUGAAUAGGGUUGUUCGCAACAACCUGAGGGUGCGCUUGGGUGACGUGAUCAGCAUCCAGCCUUGCCCAGAUGUGAAAUAUGGCAAACGUAUCCAUGUGCUGCCGAUUGAUGACACUGUAGAAGGGAUCACGGGGAAUCUGUUUGAGGUCUAUCUCAAGCCAUACUUCCUUGAAGCAUACCGACCCAUCAGGAAAGGUGACAUCUUCUUGGUGCGUGGAGGGAUGCGUGCAGUGGAGUUCAAAGUGGUGGAGACAGAUCCAAGCCCGUACUGCAUAGUGGCUCCAGACACGGUGAUCCAUUGUGAAGGAGAACCCAUCAAACGAGAGGAUGAAGAGGAGUCUCUGAAUGAAGUGGGCUAUGAUGACAUUGGUGGCUGCCGGAAGCAGCUGGCUCAGAUCAAAGAGAUGGUGGAACUUCCCCUCCGACACCCAGCACUCUUCAAGGCCAUAGGGGUGAAGCCUCCACGUGGGAUCCUGCUGUAUGGUCCUCCUGGCACUGGGAAAACACUGAUUGCCCGAGCGGUGGCCAACGAAACGGGUGCUUUUUUCUUCCUGAUCAAUGGUCCUGAGAUCAUGAGCAAGUUGGCUGGUGAGUCUGAGAGUAACCUGAGGAAAGCCUUUGAAGAAGCAGAGAAGAACGCUCCUGCCAUCAUCUUCAUUGAUGAACUGGAUGCUAUUGCUCCCAAGAGAGAGAAGACACAUGGAGAGGUGGAACGUCGCAUAGUGUCUCAGCUGUUGACUCUUAUGGAUGGACUGAAACAGAGAGCACACGUGAUCGUUAUGGCAGCUACCAACAGACCCAACAGCAUUGACCCAGCACUCAGGCGAUUCGGUCGUUUUGACAGAGAGGUAGAUAUCGGUAUACCAGAUGCCACUGGGCGCCUGGAGAUCCUGCAGAUCCACACAAAAAAUAUGAAACUGGCUGAUGAUGUGGAUCUGGAGCAGGUGGCAAACGAGACCCAUGGCCAUGUUGGUGCUGACUUGGCUGCUCUUUGCUCAGAAGCUGCUCUUCAGGCUAUCAGAAAGAAGAUGGAUCUCAUAGACCUAGAAGAUGAAACCAUUGAUGCUGAAGUGAUGAACUCGCUGGCUGUGACCAUGGAUGACUUCAGGUGGGCUCUGAGCCAGAGCAACCCUUCUGCUCUCCGGGAGACUGUGGUGGAGGUGCCACAAGUUACCUGGGAAGAUAUUGGUGGUCUAGAAGAUGUAAAGAGAGAACUCCAGGAGCUUGUACAGUAUCCUGUGGAACACCCAGACAAGUUCCUCAAAUUUGGUAUGACCCCAUCGAAAGGGGUUCUCUUCUAUGGGCCACCUGGUUGUGGUAAGACACUGUUGGCCAAAGCCAUUGCCAAUGAAUGCCAGGCAAACUUCAUUUCCAUCAAGGGGCCGGAAUUGCUCACUAUGUGGUUUGGUGAGUCUGAAGCCAACGUGCGUGAGAUCUUUGACAAGGCCCGCCAAGCAGCCCCUUGUGUGCUCUUCUUUGAUGAGCUGGACUCCAUCGCAAAGGCUCGAGGUGGGAAUAUCGGUGAUGGUGGUGGUGCUGCAGACCGUGUCAUCAACCAGAUCCUGACAGAGAUGGAUGGCAUGUCCACCAAGAAGAACGUUUUCAUCAUCGGUGCCACCAACAGGCCAGACAUCAUUGACCCAGCCAUCUUGCGCCCCGGCCGGCUGGAUCAGCUCAUCUACAUCCCUCUGCCUGAUGAGAAGUCCCGGGUUGCUAUCCUUAAGGCCAACCUGAGGAAAUCACCAGUUGCCAAGGAUGUCGACCUGGAUUUCCUAGCUAAGAUGACCAAUGGCUUUUCGGGUGCUGACCUGACAGAAAUUUGCCAGCGUGCCUGCAAACUGGCCAUCCGCGAGUCCAUUGAGAGUGAGAUCAGGCGAGAACGUGAGAGGCAGACCAACCCUUCUGCCAUGGAAGUGGAGGAGGAUGACCCAGUUCCCGAGAUACGCAGGGAUCACUUUGAGGAGGCCAUGCGCUUUGCUCGCCGCUCUGUCAGUGACAAUGACAUCAGGAAAUACGAGAUGUUUGCACAGACUCUACAGCAGAGCCGUGGCUUUGGCAGCUUCAGGUUCCCCUCGGGUAACCAGGGUGGCGCCGGUCCGAGCCAAGGCACAGGAGGCGGCAGCGGGGGCAACGUGUACAGUGAAGACAAUGACGAUGAUCUCUACGGUUAACUUGCUGUCCUUGGUGGACCAAACUCCCAAAUCAGGCCACGUUGUACAGGGAAAAAUCCAAUGUUCAGUGGACUCUUGGCUUCUUCAUUCCUCAGUCAGAACAGUGUAGCUGCACAUCAGACUUUGUACAGGGAAUGUUUUCUGCAAACACAAAUCAAGACUGUUGUUCAGGGGAGAGGCAGACAGUGAAUUAACAAGAGGGGAACCAACUUAAUUUCUGAGAAAUUUUCUGUUCUAGUUUAUGUGGCAGAAGCAGCAGAUUUAGCAAAGGGUACAACGCUAGCCUGUGUAAAAAAACCACAAAAAAUAAUUAAAAAAAAAAAAAAAAUCUCACAAAACUGUA